AUGAGCGUGAAUGUGCCGGCCUGCCUACCAGACUGGGCCCAGGAGGGGAAGUCGUGCCCUUAUGGAAGCAAGUCCGGUUUGCUCUUGGGCAACUGGACCUGGCCCGAUCAAGGCGUGACAUGGAUCCACUACAUUGGUGCAUUCUACUCGUUUAUGCCCAUGUUGGUGAUCUUCGGCAUUUUGAUCUAUGGCCUCUGGACUCGAGGCGUGAGGGAGCUCUUCGCCUUCAUCUUCCAAGGGCUCACAGUGGUGGUGAUGACUGCCAUGAAACUCAUCAUCAAGCAGCGUCGGCCGGUUGGCUCCUGCAGUGUGACUUGCGGGAUGCCUUCGGGACACACCGUUGCGACCAUUGGCACCUUCGUGUGGAUUGCACUGGAGGUCUGGGCGGCCAAGUGUAUGGAACCCAAGCAGAAAGCCUUAGUCCUUGGCGUUGCAGGUUUGCUCCUGAUUCCUGUUGGCUGGAGUCGGGUGCUUUUCCAUGACCAUUCCUGGGACCAGGUCUUAGUUGGCGCUGUGGUGGGAACCCUGCUGGCUGUCAUUUGGUAUGGAUUCUUGACGUCUCGUCUAGCUUGGUGGCUCAUCAAGUUGCUGAAAGCUUGGGUGCCCUUCGUGGAAGUGAACUAUCCCAUCGACGGUAUGACUGAAGAGGCUCCUUGGGCUCCACAAGCCCCACCGGCCGACUACGGCACACGGGAACUAAAAAGCCAAUGA